UAAGGUGCAGAUGCAAAUUGACGCCAUACUUAUCGCUCCUCAAGCGACUCGGCGAGGGGUGACAUGAAGACCUGAAGAACACAAGCUGGUCCUAUUUUAUUGAAUAAUGUAACUGAACAUUUUCCUCGGAAUGAGAGUCCUCGCUCCUCUUUGGGUCGUGCUGUGUGGCAUUUUCGCGGCAAAUGCGGCCUCUCACUCUCUGAAGUACGUCUGCACUGCUGUCACUGGGGGUACUGACUCCCGGGAGUUCACCAUCAUGGGUUUGCUGGAUGAUGAGCCAUUUGUGUACUAUGACAGCAACAUCAGUAAGAUGAUCCCCCAGACUGAGUGGAUGGAUAAAUCAGUGGACGAGCAGUACUGGGACGAACAGACUCAGAAAGUGCUUGAUGCACACCAGACAUUCAAAGCCAAUAUCAGAAUUGCAAUGCAGCAUUACAACUCAACCCAGGGUGUGCACCGUUUCCAGUAUGGCUGUCAGCGGGAUGAUGACACCAGAGAUCCAGGACAGAUUGAACAUUAUGAAUACCAUGGGAAAGACGUUCCUACUGAAGACAUGAAAAGCUGGCCUUUCAUUACACCUGCACAGCAGCUGUUUAUCAGUGCAGUGAAGUGGAAUUUAGCUAAGCGUAAGAAUGACACGCAGUACUUGACCCAGAUCUGCGUUGAGGCACUGAAGAAGUACGUGAGCUACAGGAUGAUCGCCCUGGGGAGGACAGUUGCUCCUGAGGUCUCUCUGCUGCAGAAGGACCCCUCCUCUCCUGGUGUUACCUGUCAUGUGACCGGAUUUUACCCCUGUGACAUCACCAUAACCUGGCAGAGAAACGGAGAGGACCUGGAUGUGGGCGUAGAGCCGGGGGAGACGGUGCCCAACGAGGACAGAACUUUCCAGACCACAUCUAACCUGACUGUGAAGCCUGAGGACUGGAAGAGCCAGAAUUACACCUGUACUGUACAGCACAAGAGCCUGAAACAGGACAUCAUUCUGCCUGUCAAAGAGGAGAACAUCAACAUUGCUCCUGAGGUCUCUCUGCUGCAGAAGGACUCCUCCUCUCCUGGUGUUACCUGUCAUGUGACCGGAUUUUACCCCCGUGACAUCAUGGUAACCUGGCAGAGAAACGGAGAGGACCUGGAUGUAGAGCCGGGGGAGACGGUGCCCAACGAGGACGGAACUUUCCAGACCACAUCUAACCUGACUGUGAAGCCUGAGGACUGGAAGAGCCAGAAUUACACCUGUACUGUACAGCACAAGAGCCUGAAACAGGACAUUGUUCUGCCUGUCAAAGAGGAGAACAUCAAGAGGAACACAGAUAUCAAGACGCACAGUCCUGAAGGCAGGGGCGUCAUCAUCGGCUGUGUGGUGGGCGCUGUCAUCUUCAUCCUCGGUGUCAUCAUGUGCAGAAAGAGAAGCUCAGGCUAUGGGCAGACCAGCAGUGAGUAUAUUUACUCCUAUUCUUUACUCAGUGCUUAUGAAUGUCAUUAUAAUCAAGUGUAAAUGCUCAAGGUUCAGACUGUAUUUACUCCUGAUUACACGUCUUGAUGUGUGUUGCAGUGUUGUGUGUGUGUGUGUGUGUGUGUGUGUGUGUGCGCGUGUGUGUGUGUGUGUGUUUUGGCUGAAUGUUUGUAUCUUAAUCAGGUCUUGAAUUCUGGGAUAGUUUUUAAUUGGCUGAAAUGAAU